UUGUCAGUGUCAACUUGGAAAAAAAACAAAUCAGUUAUUUUCAUUAGUAUUUCGCAACAUACUUGAAUCAAAUUAGUUUUUAUAACGAUGUCUCAAAAUGUGGCUAAUUCGUCUACAGACGAAGAAUCACUGAAAGAAAUAUUCGAUCAGGCCAUGAAGAUAUUUGAUAAGAUAGAAAAUGGUAACGAAGCUACGAAUAGCGACCCGGUGCAAAUGAGUAUAAAAUCAGCAAUCAAAAAGUUUGAAAAAGCAACUAACUUAGUCUCCCUAUCAGGGAUGUUUAGUAAAAAUGAAAGUCUAGAGGAGUUGCCUACGGAGACAUUACAGUACCUACUGUUACCAGCCUUACUUGGCACUCUCAGUUUAAAAUUAUGCAGCCAAUCUCGGAACGAUGUUAUUAAUGUUGCAGAUAUAUAUUUUAAAGAUUUUUUACAAAGGUGCAAAGAUUAUGGUGUAACAGACGUAGAGGUGCCACAGACUACAAACAAUGAAAUUUCUAACAGAUCACAGACUGAACAAGCCAAGAUUGCUAGCAUGGUUAUGACAAGAGAGGCAAAAAUAAAAAGGUAUAAGGAGGUAAAGGAAUUAAAAGAAAAACUAGUGACUCUAUCCAAAGCCAUGUCUUCCCCGAAUGCUGAUGAUGACACAAAGAGGCAGUACUUCACUACAUUACUGUUGAAUUAUGUCAACCAGGCCCUCGAUGAAAUAAGCAGUAUCGAACAAGAGAGACCCAUCUUAGAAUACAUGGCAAAACAUGCAGGAGAAGCGAAACCAUCACAUAGAGAACGGGCGCCUCCCUUGAAGCCGGUGAUCAUAACUCGUGACGCGGUCCAGAAGGCGGUGUUCGGUGCCGGGUACCCUUCCUUACCCACACUUACCAUAGAGGAGUUCUAUGAUAAGAGAGUGCGGGAUGGAGUGUUUCCAAGUUCCGGUACCAACAUACCGCACGCAACUAUCCAGAAUGCUGACGCAGAUGCAGACGACGCCGAAGAAAUUAGAAAAGAAAACUUGGUUGACGACGACGAUGAAGAGGAGUUAGAGAGAAAACGUAACAUGGACGAAUAUAAAGAUGACCACCGCAGAGGAUGGGGAAACAGAUACAACAGAAGCUAAUGCAAAUUGAUACAGACAAUGAAUGAUACCACAGAUACCACAGAGUUUAACAAGUCUCGGAUUUGACAAUAUAUAAUCUGUCACAUAAGCUUAUUACUAAUAAAAUGUUGUUGUUU